UCGGGUGACGCUACUUACUACCACCCUGGCAAGACUUCCUGUGGCCCGGUCCAUUCUGACGAUGACAUAAUCGUCGCCCUCUCAGCGCUCCUGUUCGCGCAAGUCCCCGACGCUUGUGGCCGCUACAUCCGCGUCACGGGCAAUGGCCGCCAGAUCGUCGUUCAGGUUGCCGAUAAAUGCCCAGAGUGCACGGAGGGUAGCAUUGACCUCACACCCGCCGCCUUC